CCUUUCGGCCAUUGUUAAGUAGUGUUUUUUGGACCUUGAAAGUGCCUCUCUCUGCACACUAUAAAUUCUCAAUUCCUCUCUUCUUUCUUUUUACUCUACACAAACACACCCUUUCUCAGUUCUCUCUAUCUCUCUCUCUCUCUUCAUGUAAUCCACUAUUAGCUAGUAAUAAACUAAUUUCUUGGCAAAUCACAGUUCUGGUCAAUCCCAAUUUGUUUUCUUAAAUAAAAGAUUGAAUUUUUAUUUGGUGGGAAAGGGGGUUUGAGAAGAACAUAGUGCUGAGAGUGUUUUUUCCCAAGUACAAUGAUUCUGUUCCUCAAGGGAUGCAUUCUGUGGAAAUUCUUUGCAUUUCUUGAAACUGAAUUUUGUGUGGCCAAAGGCUAUUACUUUUGGAUUUUCCAGAUUUUUAAUAGAUACAGUUUGGGGACUUAGCUAACUGUUAAGUGUAUAUCACUAUAUCUUAUCCUCUUUGCUUUCUAGUCUGAUCUUUAGCUAGUUUUGGGGGUUUUUUUUUUUUAGGGUGUGGGAUUAGGAAUUGAGAGAUGGGGGGAGCAUCAUUGCCACCGGGGUUUCGGUUCCAUCCAACGGAUGAUGAGUUGGUUGGAUACUAUCUCAAGAGGAAGACUGAUGGGGUUGAGAUUGAGCUAGAAGUGAUCCCAGAAGUGGAUUUGUACAAGUUUGAUCCAUGGGAGCUGCCAGAUAAAUCGUUCCUGCCAAAGCGCGAUAUGGAGUGGUUCUUCUUCUGCCCUCGAGACAAGAAGUAUCCGAAUGGGUCUAGGACGAAUCGAGCCACGAAAUCUGGGUACUGGAAGGCGACGGGCAAGGAUAGGAGAAUUGUGUGUCAGCCUGCAACUGUUGGGUACCGAAAGACACUGGUUUUCUAUCGCGGGAGAGCUCCUCUCGGGGAUAGAACGGAUUGGGUAAUGCACGAAUAUCGCAUUUCUGAUGAAGAUUCCCAUGGCAAUCCUAGUUUUCAGGGUCCUUUCGCCCUCUGUCGUGUCAUCAAGAAAAACGACGUUUCAAAGAAGACGACGAGCGAGGCUAGUGGAGUGACAGCAGCAGCAGCAGCAUCUAAGGAAACUGGAUCCAGUUCAAGCCAUGGAGGUUUCUCCUCAGUAGCAGUAAAUGAGCCUAUUAUCCUUUCUGAUGAUAUCCCAACUCAAACCGCAUUCAUGAGUACCGAGAGCAACUACUCAACCCCCAUCGCUUCUCCCUACCAGGCGUCGCAUAUGGGGGACUACGAGUUCGGUAUGCAGCCUGAUACCGCUAGUGUCUGGAUGUCAGCUGACAUGAUUCUCGAUUCUUCAAAGGAAUGCCCUCAACAGCAAAAUGUUCCGGGAUUUCACUCAACGCAGUAUGGCUUCCCGGGCUCAACUCUAUGGCAGCCAUACGAAAACCAUGAGUUCUCGUCGAGUUCAUCUUACUCAAAUUUUAGAGGGGAAGUUGAACUUUCUGAUGAUCCAAGUCGAUAUGGCUGCGUGUCUCCUUACUUUGGCCAUGGAAACUACCUCGGCUUUUAUGGAAACGACGGCAGGCCAUUUGAAGGUUAUGAUCAGAACAGCUCAUCAAGAAAUCCGAAUCUUUUCUGACGAAAAAACAGCCCAGAGGAACUGAGAAUAAUGCAACAACAAUUGUACCCUUUGCGCGGUGUUAAACUUGGAAUCGAGAUCCAGUUAGUGGUGAUGGAAUUUGGCAUGAGCUUAAGAUAAUGAAAAUCUGGUUACACUGCACAAUAUAAUCCAACUCGGUUUGCUUAAAAUACUCGAAAAAAUCUGUUCUCCAAGAUAACAGUUUUUGAUGAUUGUCUUGGAGUAAAACAAAACACCCUUUAAAUUUUGUUCCCUAAGUGGCAUGAAGUUCAUCUUCCCUUAAUUCCAUCAUCAAAGGAUCAACCUCCUAACCGCGAUCACUUUUUAAGAUCACACCAGGAAUCGGGUUACUUAUCUGCUCAACUUUUGAACUUCGACUCAAAUAAGCUUCGCGCAGAAGAAGCCUCCCUCGUUAGAGGUACCGGGACUUGGCGCUGUUUCUACACGCCAUGUUUGUCGUCCAUUAUCGCGCUUGUUUUUAUCUGAUAUGUCCAAUGCUGCAACAUUUAUAGUUUCUUGUUGUGUACUUAGCUGGUUUAGGAGGAAGCAUUUUGCUGUAUCAGUUUUAGUGUAAUUUCUUAUGAGCUGUUAAAUGCAUCUGUUUUGCUUUCUUUUGUGCC